GCGGGGGUCGCGAGCGCGGGAGGGCGGGCCUGCGCCCGCGCCAGUCGCGGCCGGCCGCCAGUCCGCGCGCGAGCGAGCCCGCAUGCCGCCACGCGAGUGCACCCGCCGCGACGCAUCAAAAUGCCACUUUACUCCGAUCACAUAUCGAACAUGUAUUACAGUGGAUCGCCUUCCUAUAGUGCCCCCUACAGUUACGGAUCGAAAACACCAAUAGGAUCGUCGUACAGUGCAUCAUACCUCAAUCCCGGAUCUAACUACAGCAACCAUUCCUCGCUCGGAGGAUACACCCGCCCUCAGGUCAGCUCGAGGUGGAUUACCAGCAGCGGAAGAACUUACUCUCCUAUACUCAGCACUAUAUCGGAAAGAAAUACAUCAAGUCCUUCAAGGGUAAGCAGUCCUAGAAGGAUAGCUAGUUACAAACGGAGUUACGUUCCCUCCAGCUAUACUCCGCGACCAAUAAAUAUCAACACGGCUGAUAUUGACGUGUCAAGGAACAAAUAUCGACCAAAGACAGAAAGCCCGCCCCCGCCUCCACCUCAGGCAGAUGCGCCGACUGCGGAUAAUGAAAAUGGACCGUUCAUGCCACGAAUAGAUGGUAAGCCUGAAACUGGCAUAGAUUCCUCUCCUGGAGAAUUGAGGAGUACUAUAAAACGAGGUCGUACUGUAGUACGGCUGCAUACAAUUAAAAGAAAAGAUAGAGAUUCGCCUCGCAAACCUUUAGACGAAUCCCAGAAAUCAAGUGCCGAAGAAGGUGAUAAAAGUGAGUCUGUUGUAGAUAAUGCUCCUUUUAAAGAUGCAUCAGAAUCAAUGAAAUGGAGAGAAAAGCUUUCUGAAGACUUAAUAUACAAAGAAAAAAAAGAAAAAAAGACUAUAGGAACCAAAUUGAUGGAAAAAUUCAUUGUCAAAGAUAAUAACGAUAGUGAUAUUGAAAUAACAAGUAAUAGUAAAAAUAAACAAGAACACGCUUUAAGCGCACCACUAGCACCUCAUUCUAGCACGAGUAGAUCACCCACCAGACGAUGUUCGGUGGAGAUUUUAGCCGAACAAGCAAACGUCUUAGACUCGUUAAUUAGAAAUGAAAAUUUGAGUACGGCAACUUUAGAUUUAAGCAAAGUUGGGACAGAGGAAUCCGUUGGCAUUACAGGAGGUCAACGCAACCCUUUAAAAACGACGAAAUCCGACAAUUCCUUAUACGAUCGCUUCAGAAAGUCUAGAGGUUCCAAAGAACUUAGGCAUUCAUUAAAGAGACGCAGUUUAAAAAGGUCCUCUUCAGGAGGUAGACUCGACUCUAUUACUGAAUUUCCUAGGGAGGCUUUAUGUUCUUUACCAUCUAUUGAAGAAAAUAGAUCAUCGAUAAAAUAUGUAAAUGCCAAACCAAAACCCAAGUUAAAAGCAAAGAUAACUGGAACAGUGGAAGUAUCUCCACCAACUAGUGCUUUGAAAUUUAAAGUUGGAGAAGUUGUUGUAGAGGAAAAGCCUCGUGCUUUGAAAAAAGAAAUUUCAUUUAGCAGUAGCGUUGAUUCUAGUUUUGAUGACUGUCCAGAAAAUCGGAACAGGUCAAUUACUAAUGCAUUGCGUAAAAGUAGAAUGCGGUCUUCUAUCCGUAGAAAAACCGACCUUGAAAGUAAUGUUCCUUCGCCUGAACCUGACGACAGUAAUUUCUGGGAUAAAAUAGGCAAAAGGGAGACCGUUUACCUUUUAAAAAGAAAACAAAAUAUAGAAGAUGCUAGAGAAAAACAUCGAAGAGCUCUAUUUUGGUUUCCAGAAGACGAGGCACCAAGUGCAAAUGAAGAUCAUAUUGAGUCUCCCCCUAAUGUAAAUGACUCUCAUAAAACAGACUCAUUGGAUAUUGAGAAUACCGCUAAGCAGCAAGAUACAACAAAUAUUGAUGUUAGCGAUGUUACAGUUGAAGCAUCGAUUUUACCCAAGGAACCUGAGUUGCCUUCAUCCGAUAUUAAUAGUAAUAUGCAGCUAACGAAUCCUGAAAUAAAAAAUGAUAAUAAACAUUCUUCGUUAUUUGGUUCUAAAGAGGUAAAAGAAAUCUCAACAAAACAAGCCAGUGAAACAAUCUAUCAAGAUGUGAAUAAACCACUGAUAUCAGAUGGUAUCUUAAAUGUUAAACAAGAAAAGUCAAAUGCAAGAAUAGUAAAUAACAGCGACGUCAAAAAGCCUGACGAAGUUGAAGUUAGUAAUCAGGUGCCGCAAAUUAACAAAAAUAUUAAGUUUCCCAAAAGUGAGGAGGACAAAAUUAGUAAACUUGACAAAGCACCAGAACAAUCAAUGAAUCCAUUGGUGCCCUCUAAUAAAAAUAUUAAAGAAGUGCUUUUGCAGGAACAUAGUGAAAGUGUUAUUUGUUCGAAAUCAAUAAGACCGGAAGAUCUAAAAGUCAUAGAAACAAAAGAUGACAUAAUUCUUAAGCCAAGGAAAACAGAUGUCGCUGUUUUGGAUAAUAAAGUAAAUGAUAGCAAACAGGAAUCUUCAAAAGAAUUUAAAACGGAAGAAAAAAUAUGUCCUGUGCAUGGCAAAAAAGAUAAAACCACUUCGCAAAUUGAAACAAAUGCAGAAUCUUCUAAAGUUAAGAAAGCAGAAUCUCCAGAAUCGUCAAAGAUGGAGGAUAAGACUUCUCCUUUACAUAGUAAAAAAGUAAUCAUGUCUCCUUAUGUUGAAACAAAGGCAGAAUUAAAUAAAAUUAAAGAACAAGAGUCCUCAAAAGCGAAACAAACUGGGGAAAAUAAUAGUACUGAUAGCAAAAAAGAGGGCAUGCCCUUGCAUAUAAGCGUAAAGGUAGAGUCGUCGAUACCAUCUACUAUCACUAAAGUAUCAACUGUGGAACAAGCAGAUAGUGAGGGUUGUAUGUCACCUGAGACUACAUAUAAAACAGUUGAGGUAAGGGUUGAUUCAGAAGCAAAUACACAAGAAGCGAACACCGUUACUGAAAAGGCAGUGGAGAGCCCUUCUUCUGAGGCGGCACCUUCACAAAUACCAGUAAUUAUAGAAUCUGUAAACAUUCCAAAAGAAGAAACUGCAGUUAAUAAUGAAGAGCAAAAAGCAAGAGAGAUUAUAAAGGCUGAAAAUAAAUCUAUAAACAAGGAAAAAGAACAACCAAGACAAUCACCAUCACUAGAGAUUACAAAGGUCCCGAUCAGAAAGCCAGUUAAAGAAGAACUGGCAGUUAGGCCUCUUAUAGCUACUCCUCGUCCUCUACAAAAGAAGAGUCCUCAAGUCAUUCAUUCAUCGAGUUCAUCCUCGUCGUCUUCAGAAGAAGAUACGUCAGAUGAUGAGGAUGCAGACGAGUCAGAUACCAGCGAGGAAUCUACAGAGUUCUUCGAGUGCGAAACCACCGCAGACGGCAGGACUUCCACGGGAUCUAACGAUUCUGGAUUUGACUCUUCGGCACCAACGUCACCAGCAGGUUUCGUCCACGUUAAAAAAGACUGCGAUGUAAACUGCCAUCGAAAAUGUGAAAAGUUGACAGCGAACCUGUGCGGGGUGAACCAGCGGCUUUUAGUGGAAGCUCUGUCAUCUCGAAGCGCCUCUGUCGUCUCUAAAAGAGGUGGCGAGACUCCCGGGACGUCCGCGGCGGCGCCCAACACGCCCGACUUCCACGAGCAGGAGCUCGAGCAAUCGACAGCGUAUGGGCUAUUCCGCAAGACGGGUCGCUUCACGCCGCCCGCGCGCUCCAUACCGCGCUUCCGCAAGUACAACAUAGAGGACUUCCACUUUGUCAAGGUCCUCGGGAAAGGCAGCUUCGGAAAGGUUCUUCUAGCCGAGCUUCGAGACACAGAAUACUACUACGCCGUGAAAUGCUUGAAGAAAGACGUCGUGCUGGAAGACGACGAUGUGGAAUGUACGCUCAUCGAGAGGAGGGUGCUCGCCCUGGGCACCAACCAUCCUUAUCUCUGCCAUCUGUUCGCGACCUUCCAGACUGAUUCGCACCUGUUCUUCGUGAUGGAGUACCUGAACGGCGGCGACCUGAUGUUUCACAUCCAGCAGAGCGGCCGCUUCCCCGAGUCUCGCGCGAGGUUCUACGCGGCCGAGAUCGUGUCGGGCCUCAAGUUCCUGCACAAGCGAGGAAUUGUUUACAGGGAUUUGAAACUGGACAACAUCCUCCUGGAUUUCGACGGGCACGUGCGCAUCGCCGACUUCGGCAUGUGCAAGCUGCAGAUCUACUUGGAGAAGACCGCGGACACUUUCUGCGGCACUCCGGAUUACAUGGCCCCUGAGAUCAUCAAGGGCCUGAAGUACAACCAGACGGUGGACUGGUGGUCGUUCGGCGUGCUGCUGUACGAGAUGCUGAUUGGCCAGAGCCCCUUCAGCGGCUGCGAUGAGGAUGAGCUCUUCUGGUCCAUAUGCAACGAGAUGCCGUCCUAUCCGCGCUUCUUAUCAACAGAUUCUCUCAAUAUAUUAACACGGUUAUUGGAUAAAGACGCGCGUACGCGACUGGGCGGCAUCGAGUGCAUGCACGGAGACGUCCGCGACCAGGACUUCUUCCGCCAGAUCCCCUGGGACAGGCUGGAGAGGCGGGAGCUCGAAGCACCGUUUAAACCGAAAGUGCGGCACCCACUGGACACGCAGUACUUCGACCGCGCGUUCACCGGCGAGCGGCCGCGGCUGACGGCGGUGGAGCCGCACGUGCUGCGCUCCAUGGACCAGCAACCGUUCCGCGGCUUCUCCUACACCAACCCUAAUGCGACCGACCGCUAAACUAAACCAUAUCAUCACUUAGUGAUGGUUGAAUCUCUUUUGGCGUAGCUUCGAGCUCAUGGCUGUUAGCCUUAAUCGAACCAGUAUAAAUGUGAUCUCCGAUUUCGCAGUUCUUGGGGCGUUACACUAAGACGAGCUCAGUUGAAACAUAAUGUUUGGUGAAUUAGGAAGAUGUCAUACUGACGAGAAGAAUUCGAUUGCUUUUCAGCGUUUCGUUAAACAAUUAAUUAAAUUGUGCGAAGGCGAUACUUAAAUAGCUA